AUGGAAUCGCGCGAUCUCAGUGCUCUGUGGAUGCUGCCGGCCGGCCCUCCACCGCCGGGCGUGGAGUCCAACUUCGUGAAUCCUCCAAGCCUGGCUAUGCCGAUAGUCAUUGUGAAUGCGAUCUCGCUAGCUCUGAUGAUGGUCGCAGUGACGGCCAGGUUCAUUGCAAAGAGCCGUUAUUCUCAGCAGCGCUGGGACUUGUCUGAUGUGUUUUGUGUGUUGGCGACGAUGGGUUCAAUAGCCCACUCAGCCUUGACCAUUCACAACACCACUGUCAACUAUGGGAGGCACAUGUGGGAUAUCCCAGCGUUGAGUCUCACAGUGUCGAGGACCAAACAAUAUGCUGCCGUCGACAUCAUCUAUAUCUUGACGAGCUUCUUCAUCAAGAUAUCAAUCCUUCUGCUGCUCAACCAGCUUUUUCAUGUCAUAAGGCAACUCCGCCUGUUGAUUUACAUCGGCAUAGUGAUUAUAUCGAUUGUAACCAUCCCAUAUUUGGCAAUAUCUAUCAUCCGCGUGUCGAGAUGCAACGGUAUCAAUGCCCUGGGUAUUAUGAUAUGCAGCAACAAGGUAGUGAGCACGACAAACCUCGUCUUUGGGUUGUGGAAUGUCCUUAGCGAUUUCUAUAUCCUCGCAAUUCCUAUCAGCCAGAUCCAGGGCUUGAAAAUGCCAAAUAAGAGGAAGAUAGGAGUCCUGACCCUCUUCCUUACUGGAUUCAUGUACGAACUACCGCGUUAUUCGACACUGCUAGAGGUGGGCCUAUGCUGA